UAUUCAUUUGUGUAAACAAGUGAGGUUGGUGAGUGGGGACAAGUGGGCAAGUCCAUUAUAUACAUUCAGCCUUUUGCGUUGAACAUUCUGAAACUUACCCUUCAAAUCCCUAAUAAUUAUCUGCUACUGCUUCCUAUAUUCUUCCAAUGGAGACUGCCACUGCUUUCCGAUCUGGUUUAAUCAUCUGUAACAAAUCCACCAAAGCGUCUCUUGGUCGGUCCGAUUUUGUUCGAGUCGGGUCACAGCUUCGGAUGUCUCCUUCUGGAAUCAAGCUUUAUCCCUCAAUUUCUCAUGUGAAGUUGAGUAACAGGAAAGUGGCUUUUGGUAGCAGAAAAUAUACUGCGAUCAGGGCAUCUGUAUCACCUUCUGAAUCUGGAGGUUCAGCUGCCCCUAUUGCUCCACUUCAGUUGGAAUCACCAAUUGGCCAAUUUCUCUCUCAGAUUUUGACAAGUCACCCACAUCUUGUCCCAGCUGCUGUAGAUCAGCAACUUGAACAGCUUAAAACUGACCGUGAUGCAGAGCAGCAGAAGGAAGAACCAUCUCCUGCCGGUACUGACAUUGUCUUGUACAGGAGAAUUGCUGAGGUUAAGGCAAAUGAAAGGAAAAAGACAUUGGAAGAGAUAUUAUAUGCCUUGGUGGUGCAGAAAUUUAUGGAUGCCAAUGUAUCUUUAGUUCCUGCGAUCAGUCCAUCUUCAUCUGAACCUUCUGGUCGAAUUGAUACAUGGCCCAGCCAAGAUGAUAAGCUUGAGCAUCUUCAUUCGCCAGAAGCUAAUGAGAUGAUUCAAAACCACCUUUCUCUCAUUCUAGGAAAUCGAUUGGGUGAUAAUUCUUCAGUGGCACAAAUAAGUAAAUUAAGAGUAGGCCAAGUUUAUGCAGCAUCAAUUAUGUAUGGAUAUUUUCUCAGGAGAGUGGACCAGAGGUUUCAGCUGGAAAAGAGCAUGAAAGUCCUUCCUCAGGGUGUGGAUGACGAAGAUAAUAGCCUCCAGCAAGUGGCAGGGGAGGAUAUCAGGUCUGUUGAUAGGAGUGAUACCUCUUUCAGGUCAACAACACAAUCCCAUCCAGAAUUGACAUCAUGGUCUGCAGGUGGUGUGAGUCCUGGAGGUUUUGGCCAGGGGAUAAAGCCCUCAAGAUUGAGAAACUAUGUGAUGUCAUUUGAUGGGGAGACCCUCCAGAGAUAUGCAACCAUCAGAUCUAGAGAGGCCAUAGGCAUGAUUGAGAAACACACCGAAGCACUAUUUGGUAGACCUGAGAUUGUUAUCACCCCUCAAGGCACCAUUGACUCUUCUAAAGAUGAACUUAUUAAGAUCAGUUUUGGUGGGCUGAGGCGGCUUGUUUUGGAGGCUGUAACUUUUGGGUCUUUCCUCUGGGAUGUUGAGACCUAUGUCGACUCCAGAUACCAUUUCGUUGCCAAUUAAAUAUAUUCUGGAGACUCCACUGUGGAGUCAAAUUUUUAUGCUGGAGGCUUACAAACUUAGUGCAGCAGCAUGUUUUAAAGGGACUACAGUAGAUCAUGCUUGUUGACUUGUACAUAAGAUAUUUCACAUUAGACAAUAUUUAACAAUAGUGUGCUUCCAUAAUAAGUAUGGUUCAUAUACGACGUUAACAUGAUUAUUCUAGUGGUUUAUUAAUUGGGAAGUGAAUCCCAAAUUCCAACUCCCCAUCCUCCUUUCCCUUUGCAGCCCCAGUAAAGUGUCGUUUGUCUUGGUGCAACUAGUGAGGAGUAACUCGUUUGAUUUCUCAAUAUUUGGUA